AUGGCGUGUUUGGACCACUACUGUGCAGCCCACUACUGUGCAGACCACCACUCUGCAGACCACUACUGUGCAGACCACUACUGUUCUACUGUGCAGACCACCACUGUGCAGACCACCACUGUGCAGGCCACUACUGUGCAGACCACCACUGUGCAGACCUCCACUGUGCAGAUCACCACUGUGCAGACCACUACUGUGCAGACCACCACUGUGCAGACCACCACUGUGCAGACCACUACUGUGCAGACCACUAAUUUGCAGAUCACCACUACCACCACUGUGCAGACCACUACUGUGCAGACCACCACCGUGCAGACCACCACUGUGCAGACCACUACUGUGCAGACCACCACUGUGCAGAUCACUUAUGUGCAGAUCACCACUGUGCAGACCACUACUGUGCAGACCACCACUGUGCAGACCACCACUGUGCAGACCACUACUGUGCAGACCACUAAUUUGCAGAUCACCACUACCACCACUGUGCAGACCACUACUGUGCAGACCACCACCGUGCAGACCACCACUGUGCAGACCACUACUGUGCAGACCACCACUGUGCAGAUCACUUAUGUGCAGACCACCACUGUGCAGACCACCACUGUGCAGACCACUACUGUGCAGACCACUAAUUUGCAGAUCACCACUAUCACCACUGUGCAGACCACUACUGUCCAGACCACCACUGUGCAGACCACUAAUGUGCAGAGCACCACUAUGCAGACCACCAAUGUGCAGAUCACCACUGUGCAGACCACUAAUGUGCAGACCACUGAUGUGCAGAUCACCACUGUGCAAACCACCAAUGUGCAGACCACUAAUGUGCAGAUCACCACUGUGCAGACCACUUAUGUGCAGACCACCACUGUGCAGAUCACCACUGUGCAGACCACCAAUAUCACCACUGUGCAGACCACUAAUGUGCAGACCACUGAUGUGCAGAUCACCACUGUGCAGACCACCAAUGUGAAGACCACUAAUGUGCAGAUCACCACUGUGCACACCACCACUGUGCAGACCACUACUGUGCAGACCACUACUGUGCAGACCACUGAUGUGCAGAUCACCACUGUGCAGACCACAAAUGUGCAGACGACUAAUGUGCAGACCACCACUGUGCAGACCACCACUACCACUAAUGUGCAGACCACCACUGUGCAGACCACCACUGUGCAGGCCACUACUGUGCAGACCACUAAUGUGCAGAUCACCACUGUGCAGACCACUAAUGUGCAGACCACUGAUGUGCAGAUCACUACUGUGCAGACCACAGUUGUGCAGACCACUAAUGUGCAGAUCACCACUGUGCAGACCACCAAUACCAGUAAUGUGCAGACCACCACAGUGCAGACCACCACUGUGCAGACCACCCCUGUCCAGACCACCACUGUGCUGACCAGCACUGUGCAGACCAGCACUGUGCAGACCAGCACUGUGCAGACCAGCACUGUGCAGACCACUAAUGUGCAGACCCCUAAUGUGCAGACCACCACUGUGCAGACCACCACUGUGCUGACCACCACUGUGCAGAUCACCACUGUGCAGACCACUGAUGUGCAGACCACCACUUUGCAGACCACCACUACCACCACUGUGCAGACUACCUUCCCAAACCUGCUUGCUCAGGAGCCCUCUAGGUAG